AUGGUUCGCAAUAUUGUCGUACUUGGUGGCAACUCCCACCCGGAGUUGGUCGAUGAGGUUUGCGGCAUUCUCUCGAUUCCACCAUGCGACCGCAUCCUCUCCAAGUUCGAGGUGGGAGAGAGUCGCUGCGAGAUCAAGGACUCGGUCCGUGGCAAGGACGUAUACAUUAUCCAGUCUGGAGGCGGGAAGUCCAACGAUCACUUCAUUGAACUUUGUAUCAGUGGCUCCGCUAAGCGCGUUACUGCCGUACUUCCCCUGUUCCCCUACUCGCGGCAACCAGAUCUGCCGUACAAGAAGUCCGGCGCCCCGCUGUCCCAGCCCGCAGGCAGCUCCAACAAAGAAUACACAUUCGAGAGCGUUCCAGCAACACCCGCUCCCGGCAUCCCCAGGACUGUCGGCUUGACCAAUGGCGUUGAUAUCACGCACAUGCUGCGCGACAGCUCCUUCACAAACGGCAACGCCCCGGCCUCUCCCCGGCCAGCGCCUCCCUCGGAACAAUUUUUUGGCAAAAAUGAUGCAAACGGUGUGAACGGCAGCCGGUCAGCCAAGCCAAAAGCCCACAAUUCUUCGGCGUCCACGUCUUCUCUCGUCCGGUCCUACACGACACACGACUACGAGAACCCAUCAUUCAUCAACCAUUUUCAGGCUCGGCCGGGCUACAAGCAAUGGGUUGCGCAGGCCGGAACUCUGGUUGCCAACCUCCUCACAUGUGCUGGUGCAGAUGGCAUCAUCACGCUUGAACUACACGACCACCAAUACCAAGGCUUUUUCGAUAUCCCCGUCGACAACCUUUACGGCAAACCGUUGCUCCAACGCUACAUUCAAACUCAUGUGCCAAACUACAAGGACGCCAUCAUCGUCAGUCCAGAUGCCGGUGGUGCAAAGCGAGCCACGGCAAUUGCGGACAGCCUUGGCAUGGAUUUUGCCCUUAUUCAUAAGGAGCGUCGCCCGACCAAGAUCUCGGACAACCAGAACGCCACGAUGAUGUUGGUUGGUAACGUCUCAGGUCGCAUCUCCAUCCUGGUGGACGACCUAUGCGACACGGGUAACACUAUCACACGUGCUGCUAAACUGCUUAAGAAGCAGGGUGCUACCUACAUCUACGCUCUCGUUACUCAUGGUCUCUUCAGCGGUGACGCAAUCCCGCGCAUCAACGCGUCCUCAAUCGACAAGAUUGUCACAACAAACUCUGUCCCCCAGGCCGAGCACAAGGCCCUAUGCCCAAAGAUGGAGAUUUUGUCGGUCUCUCCCGUGUUUGCAGAGGCCAUUCGCCGUGUGCAUCACGGCGAAAGCAUCAGUGUUCUGUUCCAGCACUGA